CUCGUGAUGCCGAAUAAUGAAAAUCUGCCCAGUGGCUUUUUCUCAUCACUAAUCAUUUCAUUUGGCGACGCAAAAUAGGGACGACUUCAAUCAAAAACAACACAUCGGAUCAUGUGAGCAUGUGAUGACACGACUGACAGGUGUAGCAGGUUUGUCAGUCCAUCAAACUGAUCCUGGUGUGUUGUACUCAGAUGUAGACAUGCUGUAACUGGGACAUUUCAGUGCUGGGGGUCGGUCUCACUAUGAAGGGCUCCAGCUCCAGAUGGGCCUUCUCCCUGGGCUUCUUGGUGGGGGCCUGCAGUGUCUACUUCUUCCUGCGCCAGGUGUGGUUUGAGAGGAGCUACCCCGUGCUGUCAGAGGCUCAGGAAAAAGCCACAGCGGUGACUGAGAGACCAACCAGCUGGAGGAAGGAGGGAGCUGCUCUCAUCAACCUGCAACACUCUCACAAAGAUGACGACAGCCGGGUGGCAGAUGUGUUGUACCAGAAGGUUCGUGUUCUCUGUUGGGUGAUGACUGGACCUUAUAACCUGCAGAGCAGGGCCCGCCAUGUCAGGGCCACCUGGAGUCGCCACUGCAACGUGGUGGUGUUCAUGAGCUCUGAGGAGGACCCAGACUUCCCCACUGUAGGCCUGGGCACUAAGGAGGGCCGUGACCAGCUCUACUGGAAGACUAUUCGAGCCUUCCAUUAUGUCUACAAGCACCAUGCGAGUGAAGCAGAUUGGUUCCUUAAAGCUGAUGAUGACACCUAUGUGGUGGUGGACAACCUGCGCUGGAUUCUGUCCAACCACACGCCUGAAGAGCCCAUCUACUUCGGCAAACGUUUCAAGCCUUACACCAAGCAAGGCUACAUGAGCGGAGGGGCAGGCUAUGUGCUUAGCAAAGAGGCCCUCAAGAGAUUCGUUGAAGGUUUUCGAACCAAAGUUUGCUCACACACCACGCCCGUAGAGGACUUGGCGCUGGGGCAGUGUUUGGAGAAGAUGGGCGUUCUGGCGGGGGACUCCAGAGAUACUUUGCAUCGAGAAACUUUCCACCCAUUUGUGCCAGAGCACCAUCUAACUAGCAAGUUCUCCAAGAGCUUCUGGUACUGGAGCUAUUGCUACUACCCAAUUGUUGAGGGUCCACAGUGCUGCUCUGACUUGGCAGUGUCUUUCCAUUAUGUAGAGGCAGAGCUUAUGUACGCACUGGAGUACUACACCUAUCACCUGAGAGCGUACGGCUACAGGCCACGCUACCGGCCCUCCUUACGCCAGGGUCUGAGCCUCGGCCCACUGUCGCAGACAGCCGUGACGGAGGAACUUAAAGGGGUUCAGGAGGUGACAGAUGGAAGGAGUCACACAACUUCAGCUCUUUCUGUUAGUGGAAACCAAACUAAAGCAGAGAUGGAGUCAGAGAAAGGGGGGAAAGACAAUCGUGUUACUGAGAACAGGACUGCAGUCACUCAAGGCAGGCACCGCUGAUUCUGUGUUUCAGCUGUGGUUGAUUUCCCUGCACAGUAUGUCGGCUGAUGUUCUCUUCUGACGGGCUUUCUUCGAUCCAAUCACAGUAUAAUUCCAGCCAGUAUUACACUGUAAGCACUCGCAGUGAGAGUGGUUAAAAUCUGAAUAUGAUUCAAUGGCAGCUUUGUAUGGCUUGGCUAUUUUUAAUCAAGAUAAAGUUUUGGUUUAGUUUGACAUAGUCAUCAUGUACAGUUGUGAAUUAAAUAGACAUGCACAGUCCCAGAUAUGUGUUUGGGGAAAUACAGGAAGAGGGAAGAGGCACAUAGAGUAUUAUUUUGAAGUACCUGUUGUGAGCCAAUAAGGCAGCAGCAGAUGUAUGAAAAGAUUGUCUCAUUUGUAAUUUAUUUUAUUUUUUUCUUAAAAUGGAGCGCAGCAGUAAAUUGCUGUGUGUGUGUGUGUGUGUGUGUGUCACAACUUCUCUUUUAUUUAUGGCCUCUUUGUUUUUCUGGUGUUGAAUCCGAUGUUCUGUUUUACUUUUCUGAAGUUAAAUUUCAGUUAUAUCUAAUUAUUUUAUUUUGACUUUCUAACAAGCAACAUUUCAUAUUACAAUUUUUUUUUGUUGCCUUUGCGUCUGUUUGCAUUGUUUGUCUUUGCUUUUCUUUUAAACACUGUGGUUAGAUAAAAGCAGACUCUAAAGCUGUCAGCAGCGAUUCGAUGUUUGUUUCAGUAAGGACAACAAUUGUGCUGUUAAAAAUGUACUUUAUUUUUAUCUUUGUGUGAUAUGAGAUGCUCGGAUGCAAGUGUGUACUUGAAACCUCCUGUACUUCUUUUUGAAAACAGUAGCUUCUGAUGAAAACAGUAAAUCCAAAACGGUAAUGAAUCCCUCACGUCAUUUUUUAUAACCCAACAGAAAACAUUGUAGCAGGUGUGAUUGAACCUCUGUUCAGGCUUGAAGAAUCACUCAUAAACAGCUUAAAGGAAAAUGCACUUGUGUUUUUAAAUGAAUAAAUGAUGUUUAAAAAA